CAUAAACUGAGAUGUUUGCACUUUUCUGUCAAGAAGCUCCUGCGGUUCUCCCUUAUUAAUAGCAGUAAAUACAAGUUAAUCAUCUUGUACUUAUAUGUCUCUUUCCCACCCUCUUAAAAUAGGCAAAUAAUUUAUCUGUAAGCCAAAAGAUAAUAUAGAAGCAGCUAAAUCGAUAAAUGAAUCCAUUUUGUUUAUCCGCACGAGGAUGAGCCCGCAUCCUCAUGCAAGUUUUUGCUAUUUUAUACUUUUCAGAUCUGCAGAAGCUUCAAUUUUCCUUCUCUGUCCACAGUCCAAAUGAGAAGUCAAAUGUUUUCUCAGCUUGUCUUGAUCCUACUACUUUCCAUCUGCUGUAGAAUGAAUGAAGUAGUGGCAGCUAGUUCCAGUAAAUGUCUUCAGGAUCAGAAGAUGUUGCUGCUACAGCUCAGAAAUAAUCUUACUUAUGAUUCUGAAAUAUCCACCAAGCUGGUGAAGUGGAAUCAGAGGAUUGACUGCUGUCAAUGGCAGGGCAUCACUUGCAAUGAUGCAGGUCAAGUUAUUGGUCUUGACCUUACUGAUGAAUUGUUCUCAGGCAGUAUCCAUCCGAUAGCAAAUCUUAAGUUUUUAUCUGUAAUCCGUCUUGAUGGGAACAAUUUAUCUGCUCCAAUUCCAGAGUUCUUUUUAGACUUCUCCAAUCUAACUGUCUUGAGUCUAAGUUCCUGCAACUUGAUAGGAGAAGUAUCUCAGAAAAUAUUCCAGGUACCAACUCUGCAGACUAUUGACUUAUCACAAAAUGAAAUGCUUGGAGGUUCUUUACCUGAAUUUCCUUCAAAUGGAUCUCUACAAACUCUGGUUCUAAGGAAUACAGGAUUCUCAGGAAGUAUACCCACGUCCAUUGAGAACCUUAGCAUAUUGUCACAUGUUGACCUUAGUUUAUGUAAUUUUACAGGUCCAAUUCCGUCUUCUAUGGUAAACCUAACCAAGCUUGUUUAUCUGGAUUUCGACCGGAAUAGCUUCACGGGUUCAUUUCCACUUUUUAAGCUGUCCAAAAACCUCAGUUAUAUUAACUUAGCUAGAAAUUAUUUGACAGGAAUAUCAUCCGACUGGGAAGUCUUUGAGAAUCUUGAAGGACUCGACUUGAGUAACAAUUCUAUUUCUGGGCUCAUUCCAGCAUCAUUGUUUUACCUACCCUCACUUUCAUAUUUAGAUCUGUCCAGCAAUAAAUUUUCUGGCCAAAUAACUGAACUAGAAAAUGUGACUUCUCCACUGACAGAUCUUGACUUGAGUGCCAACAAAUUGGAAGGGCCAAUACCUGAGUUUUUCUUUGAGCUGCACGAUCUCUUAGAUCUUAAACUUUCAUCCAACAAUUUCAAUGGUACUGUGCAGUUGAAGAAGUUCACAGAGCUCAAUAAGCUUGUAAAUCUUGAUCUUUCCCACAACAGUUUAUCAGUUGACACAAAUAUAAGUGAAUCGGAACAUUCCUUGCUCCCCCAGCUGAACAGUUUAAUGUUGGGAUCAUGCAAUCUGCAGAAUCUCUCCUUCCUCAAGAACCAAUCCAGAUUGUCUAUGUUAGAUCUCUCAAACAACAAACUUACUGGUGAAAUACCAAACUGGUUGGUGGAGAUCAAUGAUAGACUUCUCCGUUUUCUGAAUCUUUCUGUUAAUCAAUUCACGCAUUUUCAAGAACCUUAUAGAUUUGGCCUUCUAAAUUUCCUUGAUCUGCAUUCAAAUCUACUCACUGGGGUUAUUCCAUUACCACCACGUGCAGCUGCUUAUAUUGACUUCUCCAACAAUAACCUUGCUACUAUGAUACCGCCUGACUUUGGCAAUUAUCUUGUAACUGCUUGGUUCCUCUCAAUUGCAAACAACAAAGUUAUUGGCAGCAUUCCUUCUUCAAUCUGCAUUGCGCGCUAUCUUGAAGUACUUGAUUUGUCUAACAAUACUUUGAAUGGCACAAUACCACCAUGUUUAGCAGAAAAGAGCAACACGCUGAAAGUACUGAACCUGGGAAAGAACAUUCUCACAGGAAAUAUACCUCGAGAGUUUUCUCAUAAUUGUCAAUUACAGAGCCUUGACCUCAGUCAGAAUUACUUAACAGGUCAAAUCCCUCCAGCACUUGGAAAUUUGAAGCAAUUGGGAUCACUGGACCUCUCAUUCAACAACUUAGGCGGGAAUAUCCCAGAAAAGCUUGCUAGCCUCACAUUUAUUUCCUUCUUAAAUUUAUCAUAUAAUGAACUGGUUGGAAUGAUACCACGAAGUACCCAAUUUGACACCUUUGCAGAAAGUUUCAUCGGAAACAAGGGGCUGUGUGGGUUUCUGCUUAACAUAACUUGCAAAAAUGAUUCGGCAGUGGCACCUUCAGAGCCAGAAUUUGAGGAGGAGAAACUAUUUUCAAGUACGGAGAUUUAUGUAAGCGUUAUAUUAGGGUUUGUUGUUGGCAUCGGGAUCAUUGUUCUACCACUUUUGUUCUCUAAAAGAUGGAACCACUUGCACAACAAAUUAGUUGACAGAUUGAUUUUAAGGAUAUUUCAGCAGCAAGAUCAAGAAGGGAGAACUAGUAAAAGCAUUAGUGAAGCAUCUCGGAAGAAGGCAGCGAGGAAAUCAAGAGGCAGUCAUUAAGUUCACAAGAUGAUUGCAGAGAAAGGUUUUUGCUUCUUAUUCUAUCCUCCAUCCUCUAACACUUGCCUGCAGUAUGCUCUUACUAUUACUUCUAUUGUUUCCACUCUGAGUUAUCAUAUUUCCUUACCUCUCAUGAUUCAUCUUUGUUGCUUCUUACAUAUGAUAGCAAAGUAGUUUGCCUACCCAUAAGAUAAAAGCUACAAGAAAACACCAAUCGUGCUUUCUACUUUGUACUUGUAGGCAACGCUCAGAGCGUAGUUAUAAUGAACCUGAUAACAACUAUUACCGACUAAAAUGGCUCCUGCACGUUUUUUUCCUGAAAGUGAAUGAUUUAGAGAAAAGUUUAUCGAAAAAAGCAGUUUAGAACUAGUAUUGCGGCAAGUAGAGAAAAAAAUUUACUGAUAGAAAUGCAUGUAACACUCUCAAAAAGUAAACUACAGCAUGUCAGCACAGCAUUGUCAGAAGCCAAAAAAAAAAAAA